GGUUUUUUAUUUUAUGUCUCAAGGAAGAUCCCAGCUCUUUGUUCAUCACCCAAUUACUCUCUCUUCUUCACCCCAUUUGCUUUUCUCCUUCAUUUUCUUUAAAUACUUGCUUCAAUCUUCAUCUCUUUCCCCAUUAUUUCUCUGUCAGAGCUUCUCUCUUAGCCUGCCUGGUUUUGGAGAAUGGAAUUGUCCAUGUUUUUCACUGUUUGUAGUGCAUUGUUGCUUCUGAGCUCUUCACCUGCAGAUGCCAAAACAGCCAGCCCUCCGUUGCUUAGCCCGACCCCGGCACCAGCGCCAGCCCCGGAUUUUGUUAACCUCACAGAUCUGCUCACUGUAGCAGGUCCAUUUCAUACCUUCCUCAGCUACCUCCAGUCUACCAAAGUUAUUGAGACCUUCCAAAACCAAGCCAAUAACACAGAAGAAGGAGUGACCAUCUUUGUCCCGAAAGACAGCGCGUUCUCGGCACAAAAGAAACCGUCUCUCUCGAACCUCACCGAGGAUCAGCUCAAGUCUCUUAUGCUAUUUCAUGGCUUGCCACAUUACUAUUCUCUUGCUGAAUUCAGGAACCUCAGCCUGCAGAACCCGAUCUCAACGUUAGCGGGUGGGCAAUAUAGUUUGAACUUCACAGACGUUUCAGGGACCAUCCACAUUGGCUCAGGUUGGACCAACACAAAAGUGAGUAGCAGUGUGCAUUCAAGUGAUCCUGUUGCAGUUUACCAAGUUGACAGAAUUCUGCUGCCUGAGGCGAUCUUCGGAACCGAUAUCCCCCCAACCCCAGCCCCCGCACCAGCUCCCGAUAUCGCUAUCGCUCCCACGGCAGAUGCUCCUUCAGCUGACAGUGAUGGAAAGGCUGCUCCAUCUUCACAACCAAAGCCAUCAUCUUCCCAUAGGAUCAUCAACUGGGGGAUUUUGAUUCACGUUGUUUUGGCAAUUUCAUGUGGAUUUUUGUUUUGAUUGUGAUCAGAAAUCCUACCACCCAUUUAUUACAUUAAGAAAAACUAUAUUGCCCAUUUUGUUAUGUUAUUGAUCUAAAGCUUCAUUUUUUUUUUGUGAA